CGCCCCGGCCACCGCCGCCCGCUGGCCAUGGAGCUCUCCCUGAGGCUGCUCCUGGCGUCCUGCCUCUCCCUGGGGGCGGCCGGCGAGUUUGACAGAAGGUGGCCCAGACACAUGGUCUCCUCUGCAGGACUCUGUCGGUUUGGAAGCAGAAUUGACUGCUGCUGGGGCUGGGCCCGAGUGUCCUGGGGACAAUGCCAGCCGUUCUACGUCUUAAGGCAGAGAAUAGCCAGCCUAAGGUGCCAGCCUAAAGCUAUAUGCCAGCCAGGGUGCAAACAUGGUGAAUGCAUUGGGCCAAACAAGUGUAAGUGCCACCCAGGUUACACUGGAAAAACCUGCAACCAAGAUCUGAAUGAGUGUGGACUAAAGCCACGGCCGUGCAAACACCGCUGUAUGAAUACCUACGGCAGCUACAAGUGCUACUGUCUGAACGGCUACAUGCUUAUGCCAGAUGGAACGUGCUCGAAUGCCCUUUCUUGCUUGAUGGCAAAUUGUCAGUAUGGCUGUGAUGUGCUGAAAGGGGAAGUGCGCUGCCGCUGUCCUUCUCCAGGGCUGCAGCUUGGACCUGAUGGCAGGACUUGCAUAGAUAUUGAUGAAUGUGCUACUGGGAGAGUUAUCUGUCCGAGAUUUAGGCACUGUGUCAAUACUUUUGGAAGCUACAUUUGCAGGUGUCACCAAGGCUUCGAUCUGAUGUACAUUGGAGGCAAAUACCAAUGCCAUGAUAUAGAUGAAUGUUCCCUUGGCCACCAUCAGUGUGGUAGUUUUUCGCACUGUUACAAUAUUCCAGGAUCCUACAAAUGCAAAUGUAAAGAAGGUUACAGAGACAAUGGAACAAACUGCAUACAAAAGCCAGUGACCAGGCCAACGGCUCGACCUACACCUGAACCAACAACUCGACCUACGCCCAGACCAACGACCCGACCUACACCUAGACCGACAACUUGGCUGACACCAAAGCCAACCACUAGAUAUGUGCCAGUGACAACAAGACCAACCACUAGAUAUGUGCCAGUGACAACAAGGCCAGUAACGACACCAGUAACGAGGCCUCCACCACCACCUCAACCUACAACGAUAAGAUCUACACUACCACCACAAAGACCUCCUCUUGUAAUAACUGAAGAACCUUCACAAGUUCCCAUUGAAACUACAUCUUUGCAAGGAAUUAUAGAUGACAACAGGAUUCAACCAGAUCCUCAGAAACCCCGAGGAGAUGUGUUCAUUCCACGCCAGCCCGGAGUGAGCAAUAAUCUGUUAGAAAUACUUGAAAUUGAAAGAGGGAUUACUGCUGAUGAAUUUGAAGCAAAUGAUGACCCAGAUGUGCUGGUACACAGCUGUAAUUUUGAUAGUGGACUGUGUGGAUGGAUCAAGGACAAAGAUGAUGACUUGCACUGGGAACCAGUGCGAGAUGGGUCAGGGGGACAAUAUCUUACCAUCUCUGAUCCCAAAGGCCAAGAAGGAAGAGCAGCACAUCUUAUCCUCCCCUUGGAUCACAUGGCUCAGGCCAGAGACUUGUGCCUGUCGUUCAGGCAUAAGGUGCCUGGACUGCAUUCUGGUGCCCUCCAAGUCUUUGUAAGGAAAAAUGGUGCUCAUGGACCAGCUGUUUGGGGAAGAAAUGGUGGCCAUGGCUGGAGACAGACACACAUAACUUUACAAGGACUAGGCAUCAAGAGUGUUAUUUUCAAAGGAGAGAAAGGGAAAGGAAGAACUGGGGAUAUUGGGCUAGAUGAUGUGAUCUUGAGGAGAGGACGCUGCUCUGAAGAGCAUUAGCAAAGACAGUGGACCAGCACGGUCAUCUCCUCUAGCCCUUCUUAUGGAAUUCCUACCAAGCUUUGAAACAGAACUGCAUGAAAAAGUGGGAGAGCAACAACUUCUUAGUGGUCUUCCAAGUGGAAUCUCAUGGAAACUUCCCUUAAAUACAUGAAGAGCACCUCCCAGGAUUCAGGAUAUCCAAUCUUAGGCUGGUUCUUUCUAUUAAUCCUUACCCUUAAAUCAUAGUUUCUAUGUAAUAACUUUAUCCCCUAUUAAGCGUGGUGAGUGUUCACAGAAAGAGCACUCAUGAAAAAGGGAGAAUUAAUUACAAAUGGUGGCAAAAGAAAGCUCCAGCUCAAAGUUUAAGUGUUAAUUGACAAUCCCAUAGUGCUACUCUUUCAAUGAUUAGAUUUAACAGACAGUGGGAUUGAAGUAGCUUGAGUCACACUGGAUCAGUGAAAGCCUGGACCUGAACUUUGGCUUACUGCCACUGACCUUUAAAGAAGGGUUUGCUUUAUAUCAAAUAGCAUUUAUUUUGCUGUUGCAUCUGUAUUAACAAAAACCAUUUAUAUAGAGUAGGCAUUGCAUCCUGUAAUAUUGCUACUGCUGUGUUUUGUGUAUAUGUGUAUGGUUAACAUAUUUAUGUUUUUUAAUAUUUACAGACUCUAGUUCCAAGGUAUUUGGCAGCUGUACUUUCUUAUUGUACAAGACAGGAGUUCAGCAUAUUCUUCAAUACCGCUGGUCAUGCCAAGUUACCAAAGUCAGUUAAUGGUGCUCAUUGAAAAACGCUGGUGCAGUUUUUCAUCUUGUAAUGUCCUGAAGGCAAAAGACCAAACACUCACCUGCUAUAAACUGGCAAAUGAUAACGGUGUACAAGUUGCAUCUAGCUCAGAUGCAAGGCUCUCAGUCCUGCAAGAAUCUCCUGGUUCAGUCAAAGACUGAGCAGCCAGGAGAAGAUGAACUUGGAUCUCGUAAGGUGGAGCCUGUUGAUGCCACCAGGAAUGUUCCCUUCCCACAGGUGGCACAAGCCUACACAUAAGCAAAAAGGGCAGCUGCAUUAGCACUGUACGAACAAUUCAGACCGUGAAAUGCCUUGAGUGAUCUUUGUCAAAUGUCCAUAUUCCAUCCAAUCUUCUGUAUAUAAUAAACAUUUUAUCCUUUAGAACUAGAACAACUAUUAGCUCUAGUUGGAAAUAAGUAUUUAUCAAAACUUUGGAUUAAUUUUUUAGUUAUGUAUCAUGCACAUGGUGUGCAGUUUCCCAGGGAAUUCUUUUGUUUGGUUUGGGAUUUUUUAAAUUGGCAUCAUCAUCAUCACUGCUAACAAUUCUAAAUUUGACAAAGUAAUUGUAACAUUUAAGAAAAUGAUAAGAGUGGUAAAAUGUCAUUAGUGGUGCAGCCUUAAAGCUUCAAAAUGUAUAUAUAGAAAAAAUAGGUCUCAGAUCUUUUGAAUAUUUAAAUACAGUGUAAAAUAAAUGUCGGCUGCAUAUCAUGUUAUAAAACCAUCAUUAAAAAAAUACAUGUAAAGUCUCACACAAAGUCCACAGAGAACCAUUAGAUGUCAUAUUAGACGUUUCAGAUGAAGUACCACUUUGAAAAUACUUUUCCCAUUUCUCCCCUAGGACAAAGCACAGUGUGUAUAGCAGAAAUGUACAUGACCAAACAGAGAGUUUCCUGCAAAACUGUACCAGCAAACAUUUUGAAAAGGAAAAAACCCAAGGCAUUUGUAAACAUUAAAUUUUAAACUAUUUUGCUUCAAAUAUGAUCAUGAUCUUUUUUCUCUUACAUUACUUUGCGAUAUGUCAGAAAUAUUUGUGAAUAGUUGAAAUACCUUGUCUUUAUUUUAAAGUAAUCAGUAAAGGAGACUGUUACUUGCUACUAAUUGGAAAUCUUGUUUUCAUUUUUAGAUUGAAAUGAACCAAAAGAUGAUAAUACAACCAAAGUGAAAUAGGUCUCUCAAAAUACAUUUCACUAUCGUAUGAUGAGAGAAUUAUAUGUAUUAUUCAAAAGGAAGAAUGACAAUUUUCAACCUAACUUUUUUAAAGAGAAAUUUCACAGGUAAUUUAAGAGCUUCUGCUUCAUUUUACAAGAAGCAGCUCUCGUAGUUCUCACACUACUGAACUUGUACAAACUGUUACAUUCAUUGGAAUCUAAGAAGAUUAACACAUUUUGGUCUGGUUCAUGUACAGUGGAUGAAGAUGGUCUUUACCACAUCUUCACACAUUACUACAUCUUUCUGAGAUUAAGAUUCCCUGGUUAAAAUAGAAACCUAUCUCCUAUCUAUGCAACACUGUCAGAGUUUUUUGCCUCUUUUACAAAUGGUACCUAGAACCCAGAAUCUGAAUUAAUUCAGAAAGUAGGCAGAAAUAAGGUAUCUGAGACUUGGAGGUCAAAACCUUGGUUUUACUGUAGUUGCAGAAUUCAAUAACCACCCUAAUAAGAGUAAGAUAAUCAUGAGAAGACAAACCUUAGCAGCAGAAUGUUGUUGACAGCAGCCUUCCAUCAUCCUGCUCUGUUCUCAUAAAGAAAAGGUGCCACAGUAGCACCUGUUUCCAACCCAUGGACCAGCUCUCUCUAUAUACACAUAGCCUAUUAGAGGUUAUUUCUCCCUGCAGAUGAGGCACUGUAAUUGUCAGAAACAUUGCUAAAAUUAUACACUUUGGAUCAAGCUAUGCAUUGUGACAGUCACCUUGAAAUCUAUUCAUUCUGCAUUUAAAGAUAUGCAACAAGAUAAACCAUGGCUGUCAGCCUUUAAAAUUUGAAUUCUGAAUGUAAGAUGUAUAGAGUUAUUAAUUAGCAAGUGAGGCCCAGUUAAAUCUUACGCAAUUUUUAUUUAUAUAGAUCUAUAUCUCAAAUAAAAAAAUAUCAGAGUUUUCCUGGUGGUUAAAAUAUUUUCUUACCUGCUAUUUUAUCCUGAUGUCCUAUAGUCACACAGUGUUUUAUGACAUUUCAGAUUGUCAACAUCAAUUAAAAAAAAAAAAAAGAAGUUGAGUGAUGUAUUGGUAUAAACCUGCAACUUUAGAAAUAAAUAUGAGAUAUUUUAGUGGUAAGUUUCAGGAGUCGUUUGAAAGAUCACAGAAAUCUCCUCAAGAUCUGAAAGUUAAUGCAUGGUCAGACCUCAUCUACUGCAUUAAACUGACCUAGCAAUACAUGAAGAAAUGCAUUUGGAAUAUCUGUAAUGCUCCAUUUGUUUGAGAGGAAGAUGCCAACAGACUAAAGACCAUCAGGGACCACAAAGACAACUAUAACAGUACAGACUGAAGCACCUCUAGAGUUCAAAAACCAUCUUGGUGUGGGUUUUCAGGACUAUACAACCAAAAUGAAUCAAAUCACAUUCUAGCUGGUCUGCUCUUACCAAUUCUCCUUGUGCACUUGUGUGACCUCUUCCAAAACCUGGUCCUUUGAUUUGAAACAAAUUGUCCUCUAGACAGUGUUCUAUGCUGA